CAAAAAAUGACAAAAAAAAAGAAAAAAGAAGCUGGCUUUAAAAGCGAAUAAUCCAUUAUACAUGCAUAAUCCAUUAAAUCAGGAUGUUGCAUAAGAUGUUGCAUAAGACUAUAAGAGUCACCAACCAUAUACAACAACAAAGUAAAUUACCAAAAGAAAAGAACAAUUCAAGUCAACUCUUUAUAUAUUAACAUUUCUUCACCUCUCAUGUUAGUUAUUAGUUAGUUAGUGGUUCCGUACUAUUAUAGCAUAUACUUUUCUGUUAUUAGUAGUAUGAUAGUAUCUUUGUGAUAAACUAGACCACUUGUAUAAAGUAUAAACUAACCAAAAACGGCUUAUUGACCACUAGAACGUAUUUAAUCCUUAAAUUUAUUUUUGCAUUUUAAUCAUGUUCUCACGUUUUCAGGCCAGUGCAAGUCUUUUUUUGAUAUGUCAGAAAAAUAUUUUUGUGCUCCCCACUGCUUAUAUGUAAACAUCAUAGAUUGUUCAAAACUUAGGCAAGUGCAAGUAUUUUGCUUCGGAACUACGAGAAUAUGGAGAGUCCCCAAGAAAUUUUGCUGCUUGCACUUAUAUCAGCUUUCUCUCUUAUUCACAUUGUUCAAGCUCUAGAUCCCGAAGGAUUAGUAAGUCUCGAAAUUCCGGUUCUCCAAAUUCCAGUGAAAUUCAUUGUACUUGCUUCUGCUGUUGUGAUCAUUCUAGUUCUACUAGUUCUCAUUUGUGUGUGCAGAAAGAAAAAAGCACCAAGUCAUGUGAAAGACAUACCCCCUUCACCAAUUCCAUCUACUAGUAGUAAAUCAGACGACUCGAUCAAGACAAAAAGGAAAAAGUUUACUUAUUCAGAGGUUACAGAAAUGACAAAAAACUUUGAAAGAGCUCUUGGUGAAGGAGGCUUUGGCAUUGUCUACCAUGGUUAUUUGAAUGGUUCAGAGGAAGUAGCUGUUAAGGUUGAACUUCUGCUGAGAGUUCAUCACAUUAACUUGGUUGGCCUUGUUGGGUAUUGCGAUGAACGAGGUCACUUGGCUCUCAUCUACGAAUAUAUGUCCAACGUGGACUUAAAACAUCAUUUGUCAGGAAAACAUGAUGUCUCUAUUUUGAAGUGGAGUACUCGAUUAAGAAUAGCCAUUGAUGCCGCACUAGGACUGGAAUACUUACAUAUUGGUUGUCGGCCAUCAAUGGUACAUAGAGAUGUCAAAAGUACGAAUAUAUUGUUGGACAAGCGAUACACUGCCAAAAUUGCGGAUUUUGGGCUUUCAAGAUCCUUCCAACUUGGAGAUGAAUCUCAUAUCUCAACAGUUGUUGCUGGUACUCCUGGAUAUCUAGAUCCUGAGUAUUACAGGACAGGUCGGUUGGCCGAGAUGAGCGAUGUCUACAGUUUUGGGAUAGUGUUAUUGGAGAUAAUGACAAACCAACGUGUGAUUGACCAAAACCGCGAAAAGCGACACAUAACAGAAUGGGUUGCGCUUGUGCUUAACAGAGGAGAUAUCACCCGGAUCAUGGAUCCUAAUCUUUACGGAGAUUACAACUCAAACUCUGUAUGGAAAGCUCUUGAAUUGGCUAUGUCAUGCGCAAACCCUUCUUCAGAAAAACGACCAAGCAUGUCCCAAGUUAUUAGCAUACUUAAAGAGUGUCUAACUUCAGAAAACUUGAUGAGAAAUAAGAAUCAAGACAUGGAGUACACUGAUAGUUCCCUUGAGAUGACCAUGAACUUUGAUACUGAGGUUAUCCCUAGGGCAAGGUAGUUAUUGUAAAGAAGCCUCAUUUAUCAGGUAACUCACGUUGAUAAAUUGUUGUUGGUAUAAUCUUUCGUCAAUG